AUGCAAAAUUUUCAAAGAGUCUCAAUCUCAUCUCAUCCAGGCACUUCUUCAAGGGCAAAUGACCCUUCAGGGAAGAAGAGGAAGUUGGCCGAUACGACGACUGAAAGUCCACAACAGGCAUGGAAGAAUAAAAAGAGUGCAAAGAAUACACAUCAGCAGGAAUUACAUCAACGACCUGUGAUACCAUACCAUAAGAAAGAUCGGAUAUUAUUAAUUGGAGAAGGUGACUUCUCAUUUGCGCGCUCUCUCUACGAGCAUCAUCGCUGCAAGGAUGUGUUUGCUACAUGCUAUGACUCCGAGGAGGUGUUAUUGAGUAAAUAUCAUGGCCAUGCAGAGGAAAAUAUCAAUCGUUUUCUUGAUACGCAUGAAGAUGACCAGGAAAAUGAAGCAGAUGUGAAUGAGAACGAAGAUGAGGACGACGAAAGUCAGGAGAAAAGGUCUCAGACCAAACCAUCAACCCGCAGAGUCUUGUAUUCCGUCGAUGCCAGAAAAUUGGGUAGUAAUACCGGCGGCGGGAAGGAUAUACGAAAAGGCAUUCCUCUAAAGAGGAGAAAGAGUCAACCUUAUCAUCGAAACCGGCAGCUGGAACAAAACCAUGUCGAUGACGGCGGUCCAUGGGACGUGAUAUCCUUUAAUUUUCCGCAUGUAGGCGGCCUCUCGACAGAUGUCAAUCGUCAAGUACGCGCAAAUCAGGAGUUGCUCGUUGCGUUUUUCAAAGCGUGUGUUCCGCUAUUAUCCAAAAUGCCCAGAAAGGAAGACGAUCAUAAUAAUACGGAUGAUGAUUAUGAUUACUACUCGGAGGAUGAAACAUCCGAAUCCGAGUCUGAAGAAGAAGACGACGACGAAAACCAAGACAAAAUCAGGACAAUCCCACGCCAAUCGGGUCAGAUAAUCGUCACCCUCUUCGAAGGCGAGCCAUAUACACUAUGGAACAUCAAGGAUCUAGCACGCCAUGCCGGCCUGGUGGUUGUGACUAGUUUCAGAUUUCCUUGGAAAUCGUAUCCGGGGUAUUCGCACGCGAGGACGUUGGGGAUUGUGGAGAGUCGAGGCGGCAAAGGCGGUGAUGAAGAGACCGAAACAAAAAGAGGAGGAUGGAAGGGUGAGGAUAGGGAGGCGCGGAGUUAUGUUUUUGAGGUCAAAGGUCAAGCCUCUGGUCUGCAGCGAAGACAGGGGCAGAAGGGACAACAGGGACAGCAGAAGAAGAAUCAGGAUGGUGGGAAAGCGAAUAAGAAGAGAGGGAGAGGAGACGACUCUAGCGAUGAGGAUUAG